AUGACAAAGUUAAUAGUAUAUAUUGCUUUCACCAUUUAUUGCCAAGCUGCCAACCAAAACCAAGCUAGAAAUGCAGCACCACCUGCGCAAGCAGCAGCUGGGGGAGUUGGAGGAGUAGGUAUUUUAUUUGAGAUUUCUCGUGAAACAGUAUUUGAUGGCAGCAGUAAUUUUAGUGGUAAUUCCACCAGCUCGAGUACCACUGACUUUACUUUUGCGGGGAUCAAAUCUCAGUUUCGUCCAAUAACUUUUAUCAGAUUAGUUGUGGCAUUAAUUUUAGCUGCGGAGAUUAUCACAGAUUAUAAAGCUGAUGAGUUAUGGGAAGAUGGUCGAUUAAUAGCGACAAAAAAAGUAAACAAAUGUAUGUUCAUUUCAUACAAGGCUGACUCAUUAGUAUUGUUUAAUGCUCAGUGA